AUGGCAUCAAGCAUGGACACUGGCAGCGUUGCCAAAGACGAUAUCCGCAAGCCAGCUGAGCAAGGCUCUCCUCCAACAAACGGUGUUGGAUUUCGCCCACAGAACACUCCUGGUCGCGACAACCCUCUGAUCAAUGUCGAGCCACCGAGGAGAGAAGAUCUCCAGCCAUCAUAUGCACAGACACUCGCCGGCGAAAGCGACCAAGGAGCCCAUGGCUGGUAUGGAAGCAUGAUCAACACCCUGGGUUCUUGUAUUGGGACCAUGGGAGCUAUUCCAUGCUGCUUCAUCUGCCCCAACCCUUACAAGCCCGUUUCGCAGGGUAAUGUUGGUCUCGUCACCAAGUUUGGUCGUUUCUAUCGCGCAGUCGAUCCAGGUCUGGUCAAGAUCAACCCUCUUUCUGAGCGCCUGAUCCAGGUCGACGUAAAGAUCCAGAUUGUUGAGGUUCCCAAGCAAGUCUGCAUGACCAAGGACAAUGUUACUCUCCAUUUGACCUCCGUCAUCUACUACCACAUUACCUCUCCACACAAGGCAGCUUUCGGUAUUUCGAACGUCCGUCAGGCCUUGGUCGAACGUACCCAAACUACACUCCGUCAUGUUGUUGGUGCCCGAGUUCUCCAGGACGUUAUCGAACGCCGAGAGGAAGUUGCUCAGUCCAUCGGAGAGAUUAUCGAGGACGUCGCCUCAGGAUGGGGUGUCCAAGUUGAGAGUAUGCUCAUCAAGGACAUCAUCUUCAGCAACGAGUUGCAAGACUCCCUCUCAAUGGCCGCUCAAUCCAAGCGUAUCGGAGAAUCGAAGGUCAUUGCAGCCCGCGCCGAAGUCGAAUCUGCCAAGCUCAUGAGACAAGCUGCCGACAUUCUUUCUUCCGCACCAGCCAUGCAAAUCAGAUAUCUCGAGGCCAUGCAAGCCAUGGCCAAAUCCGCCAACUCCAAGGUUAUCUUCUUGCCUGGUGCUUCCAACGUAGGAUCAUCCAUGGCUAUGGCAAGCGCGAUUGGCGAAGGGCUAGAACAUAACGGCGGCCUCUCAGCAGCCGCCCAGAAGUUCGAUAACACGAACGAUUUUGGAGGUCAGGACUCCGGUUUCCAACGUGCUAUCAAUGCUCACGUAGUUGAAAACAUCUAA